AUGUCUACGAACGACACCAUCACAAGCAACAAAGGCCUGACGGAGAAUGUCACCCACAACGACCCAAGCGAGUCACACCAUGAAAAGAUCGAUGUUGAGGAGCAGGAAAACGUUCCACACUUCCAUGCUAAGACCUGGCUGGUAGUUUUCGCAGUGUCGCUUAUCUACGCCGCCCAUGUGAUCAACUUAGUCGGUCUGGGAACUCACGGCCGUGACAUUGUUGCAGUUAUCGGUGGCGCCCAAAAGUCGUCAUGGCUAAUCGGGGUUAAUGUCAUCAUGGUCGUUGUUUUCGGUCCUCCUUUCAGCCAGGCUGCUGACUUCUGGGGCCGGCGAUGGUUCCUUAUCGUGCCGACCUUCUGCGGUGGGCUCGGAUCGAUCAUCAUGUCUAGAGCAACGUCGAUGGAUAUGGCACUUGCUGGACAGUGUAUUGUUGGUGUUUCAUACGGCGCACAACCUUUACUGCAUGCUGUGGCUUCUGAAGUUCUCACGCAUCGCAAUCGAGUCGCAGCUCAAGCCGCGGUGAAUGCUGGGUCGGGCCUUGGAGGAGUCGCGGGCCUUCUCGUUGGGGCGGCACUGAUGGGAAAUGGCAACCCCAGUGGGUUCCGCAAUUAUUGGUACAUGACUGCCGCCAUAUACCUGGUUGCAGCAGCUGUCACUGUCGCCUUUUACACCCCACCACUGCGCAGUUUGCAGACAGAACUUCCAUUCAAGGAAAAACUCAAUCGCUUGGAUUGGGUCGGCUACGCACUUCUUGGGUGCGGUCUUGUUCUCUUCAUGAUGGCCCUUUUCUGGGCACAGAACCCCUAUUCCUGGAGAGAUCCACAUGUCCUCGCCCCGCUCCUGAUCGGCGCCGUAAUUAGUGCCGCCUUUGUCACAUACGAGUGGAAGUUCAAGGCAGAUGGAUUGGUCCACCAUGGCUUGUUCUCACGAGACCGCAAUUUCGCCAUUGCCCUCGCUUGCAUCUUCUGUGAGGGACUCGUAUACUUCGCCGCAAACGCUUUCAUGCCUUAUCAAGUAGAGGUCCUCUAUGAAACGAGCAAAAUCGGGAUAUCACUACAGUAG